GCCUGCUGUAGAAUGGAAAAUUGUGGUCGGAAAAGCACUCCUUGCUUCUAUGUAAAUGACUUUAUUUUCUUUUAUUUGCUUUGCUACAGAAUUGAGAUAUUUCAAGUGCAAUGAAGGCUGUGUCUGUCUCAUUCUUUUCUUGAACUUUCUGAUGGCACUUAUUGUAAACAAAAUUUCAAGCAGUCCUAUUGUGACUAAUAGAACAGCUCUUUGUAUAUCACACGAGAAACAUUAUUUUUCCUUGUCAACAAGGAACAACAGAUUACAGCUGUCAAGUCAUAGACUGGAACAUGUACAUCUGAACCAUAGAUGUCUACACACAGAGAAACCUACCUUGUUCAAUAACUGGUUUUUGUUCAUCAAUGCAAAGCCAGUUGGUUUGAUCUCCAAGAAAUCUUCUAUCUCAUGUAAAUCAAAAGGAGCAAAUAAUACUGAAGAGAAAGAAUGUAUUACUGCAUAUGAUGAUGUUUCUGAUUUAUCUAGAGUACAUACCAAAGACGAGAAAAAUGAUGGCACUCUUGCUGUUCAUGGCUUAGCUGAAGCUUGUAGAUUUGUUUGUAAUGAUGCAAAGUUUCUCUCACGUGGCAUAAUGAGGCUGGAUGCUCGUGCACGCCAAGAUGUUGCUUUUCUUGGGACCGAAUUUCUCAAGCUUGAUGCUCGAGCAAGAGAGGACACUGAGAAAAUUGACCGGGAUGUCAAGGAAAAAGCUAGCCGGCUUAAUCGUAUUGCUACUAUAUUGAAGGAUAAAGCUCAGUCCAGAUUGAAAAGUGCUGCCGAUGAGCAUUGGAGUGAUGGGGCCUUGGAGGCUGAUUUACGUCUUGCUGACUUCCGUGCUAAGCAACGUGCAAUGGAAGAUGCCCUUAUGGCUCUGGAGCUCAUCAAAAACAUCCAUGACAUGAUGGUGAGCAAGAUGUAUAACUUUCCUCUUCACAGAGAUAAAGGAUCUCUUUCAGAAAACAAUGUAAUAGGUCGAAUAAUGCUUGAAAAGAAUGGAAAAACCACAAAUUCCUUUCCUGGGGAUGUGACCACAGAACGGAUUGCUGCUCUUCAGGAAGCUUACUGGAGUAUGGCAUCAGCACUUUCCGAAGCAGAUGGGAUUGAUUACACUGAUCCUGAAGAGCUUGAGUUGUUGAUCACAACCCUUAUAGACCUCGAUGCAAUGGACUGUAAACAAAGUGUAUCUUUGUUGGUAGAGUGUUCUAGUUCUCCUGAUGUCAGCACUAGACGAGCUCUAGCCAAUGCACUGGCAGCAGCACCAUCCAUGUGGACUCUUGGAAAUGCAGGGAUGGGGGCGUUGCAGAGACUGGCAGAAGAUAGCAACCCAGCCAUUGCUUCUGCUGCAUCCAAAGCUAUUUAUGAACUGAAAAAACAAUGGGAAAUACAGGAAGGGGAUAGCUGGAGGUUUAUGAUGGAUGAAAACUUCAUGGAAGAGAAAGGAAGCAAAGGAUCUGAUAAUGAAGAAGAUCCUAAAUGAGAAAUAUUUGAUUGCUCUGUUCAGCAUAGUUGCCUCAUGAGGAUACUAACUAGUAUAGAAUUAACCCAAAUGAUCACUAGAAAGAAACUACUGCAAGUCUAAGGUGCCAAUAUGAUGGUUAUGUGCAUCAUAAAAUGCGGAAGUUUCCUCAUAUAUACAUAAAUAAUAGAUGCAUAUUCGCGAUCAUACUUGUUUGUAUGAAAGAGCUUUCCGUACUACACAUUGCUCGACUGCACUUUGAUGAUUAUCUGAGCCGCUUUCAAGUUAGGCUGUGUAUGGUCCUAAUAUCUAAUGGAGUUACCUUAAACGCUGCAUACGUGGGGCCUGUAGGUAAUGGUAUCAUAGUGGUUCGAAAAUUGCAUAAUCGUAUACAAAAGAGCAAUUUCUUUCCUUGAUGUUGGAUUAUUUGAAUAUUAUUAGACAAAAUGAUUGUGGCAUAGUACAUUCACUGUUGUGAUAAACUUCAAUCGUGAAAUUGGCUUUUGUUUUACCCUUUUAAUUAUGUGACUGAACAUUUUAUUGGC